AUGGUUCGAAUGACUCAACCGGGUUGCAAGGCCGUUGAGAUAUUAGGUCCCACUCGUAGCCGUAUUGCUGGGCGGUGGAACAUAUGUGUCCAGCAAUUGAGACAUCUCUGCCGCCGCCGCCAAUGUCUUCUUCCCAGGCUUACGCCUCUUCGCUGGUUCCUUCGCCUUGGGCCCCAGAAGCCCGCCCUUCCGCUGCUGGCUGCUCUCAACAGCCUUGAAGCUCUUCCUAGGUUUGCUGCGCCUCGGCCGCUGACCCCGACCCCCCCAGCGCCAUCGCUUUCGACUUCACCAUCGCCAUCGUCGUCGUUGUUGGAAGAAGGAGAGGAGAGCACACUGUUGGGAGGCUGGAAAUUUGGAGACAGGGAGUUGGAGAUAGACAUGGGUGGGAGGGAUGUCGUUGGCUGUUGCGGAGGAGUGUCUCCUGUCUCAUGCGCUCAGCAUGACGAUGUUCAUCGUCAUGUUCAUCGUCAUGCUCGCCUUGAGCCUGGAUGGCGUCUCUCCUCCGCCGUACAGCUAUAUCCACCUCUCCCUGAAGUUCACAGAGAGCUUUCCACGAAUUGUACUAUGUAUCGUUCUUCCCAAGAUAUACAAAGUCCUCAUCCGUACGCUCCAGAUGAGCCAAUGGCGUUGCCACACUCUCCGGAUAUCCUAUUGGCCCGCCUUCAAGAUCGCACGGGAACAGCUUAUCAUGCUCCCGCACUAAGUCUCUGCCCACGUCAUGCAGGUGGGAGGUCGAAGCUCGCCUGGCUAUUUUGGUCGAUCUUCUCCUCGUCUCCUUGGGAUACACCCGACCCUUCUAGCAAACCUGUCCUUUGCUGUUUUGCGGACAUGCGAUGAUGACUCCGUCGCACUUUGAUCUUUUCAAGGAACCCUCAAGCCACCACGACAUGUCGCCCCGAUAAACGUAUAGCCGGCAUAUAGAUACAUUUCUCCGAGAGGCCCUCUCACGGUCCAAUUCGACAAGGAGCUUGAGCACGCAAGGGUCCAUUACCAGCUCCAAAACAAGCCUUACCCAAACUGCUGAAAACUCAAACCAGAGGAUAUUUUCUACCUUCACAGCAAUCAGAAAAUAGGACACAGAAAUAUCAAUGAAUGCAC